UUGCCCGGCUACGGCCGCCCGCUGCCCGGCAGGCACUACAGCGGCUACGUGACGACGCCCUACCCCGGGCGGCCCGGCGUCGUCGUCCACACGCACUACUACCUCGCGCUCCACGCCGACGAGGACGCGCCGCUCGUGCAGUGGCAGCAGGGCGGCCCGGGCGGCAGCUCGCUCAUCGGCAUGUACACGGAGAUGGGCCCGCUGACGCUCAACGACUACUCCUUCGCCGCGGGCGCCGGCGCGCCGCGCGUCUUCGACAACGCGCGCGGCUGGCAGAACGUGACCGGCGGCGCGUCGCUGCUCUUCCUCGAGCACCCGGCGCCGACGGGCUUCUCCUCCUGCGAGCCGCCGGGCGCCUGCGGCCACGACGACGACUCGCAGGCGGACCUCCACGUCGCCGUGCUCGAGGCCUUCUUCGGCGACCUCUUCCCGGAGCUGCGCGGCCGCCGCUAUGUCAUGGCCGGCGAGUCGUACGCGGGCGUGCUCGUGCCGACCGUCGCGCUGAAACUCCUCGCCGCGCGGACGGCGGCGAACGCGGCGACGGCGCCCUACUCGCUCGAGGGCUUCGCGCUCGGCAACUCCUGCCCCGGGAACCGCGUCUACACGUGCACGCCCUACAGCGGCUGGGCGGGCACGCAGGUCUCGCUGGACUUCCUCCACGGCCACGGCAUGAUCCCGGACGCGGCGAAGCGGGCCAUCGACGCCGCGUGCGCGGAUUGGUACGUCGCCGCGCCGCCGGGUCCGCAGGCGCCGCCGCCGCCGGCGUGCGCCGCCGCGCUCGAGGACCCCGUCCGCCCCGCGAUGCACGUCCGCGGCAGCGCCUACGCGAACGACGCGGGCGAGUACGCCUGCGGCCAGGAGAACGCCGCGUCCGUGUGGCUCAACCUGCCGGCGGUGCAGGACGCGCUCCACGUGUCGCGCCAGCGCUUCGACUUCUCCACGGGCCUCGACUACAACUUCACGCGCCACUCGCUCCUCGACGAGUACGCGUCGACGCUCGUUUCGGCGUUCCGCGUCAUGCACUACUCGGGCGACGCGGACCCGUGCGUGCCCCACGUCGGCACGCAGCGCUGGAUCGCGUCGCUGGCGCUCCCCGAGGUCGAGGCCUGGCACCCGUGGACGGCGCCGGGCACCAUGCCGGUCUCGGGCUACGCGACGCGCUACGUCCCGAACUUCACGUUCGCGACGGUCCGCGACGCGGGCCACAUGGCCCCGCGCUACAAGCCCCGGGAGCUCCUCUACCUCUUCGACUCCUGGCUC